AGGGAGGUCUCGGUUGGAUGGAUACGCUGCGUUAUAGCACCGCCCCCUUGUGGGACCUUAUAAACAGCUCCAAGGGAGACCCAGCUGGCGUUUUCGAGCCGCGCGCUUUCGUUACCUGCUGGUGGAGGUGGUGUGUCGCUCUUGACUCAGAAUGCCAAACUGGGGAGGAGGAAACAAGUGUGGUGCCUGUGGUAGGACAGUGUACCAUGCAGAAGAGGUUCAAUGUGAUGGGAGAAGCUUCCACAGAUGCUGCUUUCUUUGUAUGGUCUGCCGGAAAAACUUAGACAGUACAACAGUAGCCAUUCAUGAUGAAGAGGUAUACUGCAAGUCUUGCUAUGGAAAGAAGUAUGGACCAAAAGGAUAUGGUUAUGGCCAAGGAGCAGGCACUCUCAAUAUGGACAGAGGUGAAAGGCUGGGCAUCAAGCAUGACAAUGCACCUUCUCAUCGACCUACAACAAGUCCAAAUACUUCAAAAUUUGCCCAGAAAUUUGGAGGAUCAGAGAAAUGUUCUAGAUGUGGUGAUUCCGUGUAUGCAGCUGAGAAAGUAAUAGGAGCUGGAAAGCCUUGGCACAAAAACUGUUUUCGAUGUGCCAAGUGUGGGAAAAGUCUUGAAUCAACAACUCUGACAGAGAAGGAGGGUGAAAUCUACUGCAAAGGUUGUUAUGCAAAGAACUUUGGCCCCAAAGGAUUUGGCUACGGCCAGGGAGCUGGUGCUCUUGUUCAUGCUCAAUGAUUCAUGAAUACCAUUGCACUGAGAUUUUUCUAUAGUUACAACUUAAAAGCUACUAAUUACUGUGAAACUGAUACUAAUGUCUGAUACUUUUGCUUUGACUUAAUGUAGGGGUGGGGAACUGCUUUGUCUUCAGGAGACACAUUGACCCUGGAAAAAGUCCUCUGCAAGCCAUACGCUGGCACUGGUCACGGUUGUUCCCCAGAAGAGCAAGGCCAGUGCCAGCAUGCACUAAGCUGGCACUUCAAGGAGGUGCCAGCUCAGUGCCUUGCUGGUUUUGGCAACCCUGCUGCUUCCCCUAUUGGGGAGGAUGCAGGGCAGGCAAAAUAUGGAGAUGUGCAACCUUGAGCACUCCCCAAGGCUGUGCAGCUCAGUCUGGAGCCCCCCCCCCCUUUAAUCUCCCUGUCAUGAUUAAGCCGAGGGAGAGGUCAAAGAUAAGGGAGUGUUCCUUCUGGGUUGCGUCACGUGCUGGAAGUCCCCCACCACUGUCUUAAAGAAUUGCAUAUUUCCAAGCCUUAAAGUACACUUCUACAUGCACUGUCAAUUGAUUUUAAUAAAGCUUUGUAUUUAGAAGAUUGUGGAGAAAAUGAUUGUUUUCACAGCUUACUGAAAUGCAACUAUGUUUUGCUUCCCCCGAGGCAUUUGAAGCAUGGUUUGAGAGUUCUUGUUGCCUAAACAAGCACUUCAUGAUGUCAAGGGAGAACUGGUGUAAAAACAUGUUAAUCCUGUAUAGCUAGGUAUGUCAUUGUGGGUUGAUAACGUAAGUGCCCCCAAACUGUUCCUCCCCCCUCUCAGUAGGCACAUAACGUCAACAGACAAUAGAUGUGAGAUGCCUAAUACCCUCGUGGGAAUGUAACUUCUGUUACAGGAAAAACACAAUUGCGUCAUUGCAUGUAGUUGGCACAUGUUGAUACAGCAAAAGAUAUAUGCCUUGGGCAGAUGUAACUGUAAAGACAGUUCUGAGGCAUUUUAAAUUAAAUGGUUCUAUCACAGGAUUUAGAAAUGGAAAUACUAAUAUUUUGUUCUAGUUAACAUUUGGUUCUGGCAUUCAGAAGUGAAGUGUCUGACUAGUCUUAGAGUCUAACUAUACGUUCAGAAAUCUCAUGAGGCAACUUCCUUGAAAUGGUAGUACCUCUUAAGGCUGCAGGUGAGAGCACGUAUGAAUGCUCCUCUGUGUUGUGUGUUUUCAAAUUUCACUUGCAUGUUAGUAGAGCCUGGGAUUGAAUCCCUUAGCACGCUAAUGAUGCAAACCUAGAAGGGUUUUACGAUGUUAUAGUUCUUUUUAAAUUCAUUUCUAUUUAGUUUCUAAAUGUACUAUUACAAUAUAACUCAUAAGCAACAAUAUGGCAGAAUUUCCAUCAACAUAACAAUAUGACAGAAUUUCCAAGUACAGAUGCAAUUUCCACCAUUCACGUCUUGCAUAUUAUAGGUGUAACCUUCAGUUACAUGUACAAGAGGUAUUACAAAUUAAAGGUUUAGAUAAGGGAGCCUUUCCAGAAUGAAUAUUGCGUACAAGGUGGUCUGCUAGCAUAUGAAUGUUUCCUUAUAUACGAAAUAAAAGGAUACCAAAUCA